AUGUCAGAUAAGCCGCCUACGGUGAUAACCUCCACCCUCGGGUUAGCUGCCGUCGCCGUGUUCUCCGUCCCCGCCUUCGUAAAUCUAAGUCGAUUGCGUCGUCGUGAAUCGAAAGCCGCCGCCGAUGUCUACGAGGAUGAAGACGGUGGGAGUAUGCCUGACGCCGUCAAAGCGUUCAGCACCACGGCGCCCAAGGCUUUCAUUCUGUUCUUUUCGUUACUUGGCCUGGCCCUAUCGGUCGCCCUUGCGGUGAUCUCGACUUUAGCUACGCGAAGCGCAAGAGACGACCCGUUUAUAGAGGGUUGGUUAGGUGUGGCCGCUUGGGCUCUCCUCACCUUGCAGGCUGCACGCAUCGUGUCCAGCCGCAACUCAGUAGCCGCGUACGACCUGGGGUUGUGGUCCUUCUUCUCUUGUGCGAUCUACGCGACCGCCCUGGUGGUCCGGGACAAUGGCGUAGCAGCGGGCUUGCCUGGGCGCAACGCUACGACGAUUCUCGUCAUGCGAAUCGCGAACGUAGCCGCCGCUGUUUGCUUGGCUAUCGCUAGUCUGUCGAUUCCUCGCCGACCUGACGUGUUUCACAACGGCCAGCUUGUCGACAGGUUGUAUACCGAAUCUGCGUGGAGUCGUUUCAACUGGAGCUGGCCUGCCGAUCUACUUCGGCUGGCUGUCAAGAAGAAGAAUCUUGACUUGGACGACCUGUUUAGACCCGAUCAUUACACGAGAGCGAAAGAGACGACCGCUGACUGGGAGAGUCGCGGAUUCACCGGUCCCCUUUGGAUUUCUAUCAUAGUUGCCCACAAGUGGAACUUUGUGCUUCAGUGGAUACUAACUACCCUCACCGCUUUCCUCAACGUGGCCCCUCAGUGGGUUGUGUUGCAGCUGCUUAACAUCUUAGAGCGACGGCAGGCCGAGGAGCGUCUUGGAUACGAGGCAUGGUUUUGGGUCAUCUCGAUCGCCGUGGCUACCCUUCUCCAGUCUUGGGUCGAGGCCUACGUCUACUGGCUAUCGUGGGUGCAGAUCUGCAUACCAAUCCGCGCCCAACUUUCCGCUCUCAUUUUCCAGAAAUCACUGAGACGUAAGGAUGUCAAGGAGGCCACCAGGCCGAAAUCCGCUCCGACAGAACCCUCCAACCCAAAUAUUGCCGGGCCUUCGGGAGAAGCCUCGACUCCCGAUGCGCCGAACAUCGACCUUGUCGAGGACGAGGCGGAACAGAUCAAGAAGAGUAAACAGAGCACCAUCAACUUGAUAGGUGUGGAUGCCAAGCGCGUGUCGGACUUUGCCGCCUUCAACAACUACUUCCCGGGGUCUCUUUUCAAGCUUAUCGUGUCGCUGGUCUUUCUCGUAGACCUUUUGGGAUGGAAGGCUCUGCUCGCAGGUUUCUCGACGAUGCUGGCCGUUACUCCUAUCAACAUUUACUUUUCGAAGCGCUAUUCCGACUCCCAAGACCGCUUGAUGAGAGUUCGUGACGAGAAGCUAGAAGUCGUCUCCGAGGCCCUCCAGGGGAUUCGUCAAAUCAAAUUCUCCGCCUUGGAAUCUCAGUGGGAGAAGAAGAUUGGCGAGGCUCGGGAACGGGAAUUGGAGUCCGUGUGGGAUGCUUUCGUCAACGAUGCCAUGCUCAUCGGGUGUUGGAUAACGAGUCCCAUCAUGCUUGCCGCUGCAUCCCUAGCCGUCUACGCCGCCCUGCACGGCCAGCUCUCCCCUUCGGUCGCCUUUGUCAGCCUCGGUGUUUUCAAAGCACUGGAAGUUACCCUCUCCGUUAUCCCCGAACUGACAACUGAUCUUCUCGACGCCUGGAUUUCCGUGAAGCGGAUCGACGCAUAUUUGAAAGAGGCGGAGAUUUCAAAAAUUACCGAGGAAGCAGACGAAGUCACAUUUAAGGAUGCGUCCGUCGCUUGGCCGUCGGACAAUACAGAGGAUAAUUCCGACCGAUUUGUCCUGCGCGACAUUAACGUCACCUUCCCCAAGGGCCAGCUCUCUAUUAUCUCGGGGAAAACUGGGAGCGGGAAGAGUCUCAUGCUGGCAGCUAUCUUAGGCGAAGUCGACAUCGUAGCCGGGUCUAUUAGCGCACCUCGAGCGCCGAAACAGCGUUACGACAGUAAAGCGAAUAGAGAUAACUGGAUCAUUCCAGGUGCUAUCGCAUUUGUCGCACAGAUUCCGUGGAUUGAGAACGCUACGGUUAAAGAGAACAUCUUAUUCGGACUCCCUUACGAUGCAUACCGAUAUAGUAAGACGGUGGAGGUCUGCGCUCUGGCCAAGGAUAUGGAGGUGUUUAGUGACGGCGAGAAUACGGAAAUAGGGGCUAACGGAAUCAACCUGAGUGGUGGGCAGAAAUGGCGAAUCACGCUCGCGCGCGCUAUCUAUUCUCGGGCCGGCGUCCUUGUUUUCGAUGAUAUAUUUAGUGCAGUGGAUGCCCAUGUCGGUCGUCAUAUCUUGGAGAAAUGCCUGGUUGGAGAGUUGGGCGUCGGGCGAACAAGGAUCCUGGUUACGCACCACGUCGCAUUGUGCGAAACGAGGGCGAAUUACCUCGUCGAGCUGGGAGACGGCCGUGUUUUGAACGCCGGACUUGUCGCGGAAUUGGAACAAGCAGGAACCCUGGAUCAGAUCAAGAGCCACGAGCAGACAGAGCAAGAGAUACGAGACGACGAAGAUUCUACGGCCAUCAGCUCCGAACAGACGUCCCAAGUCGGUGUCGAGCCUGACGAAGAGCCGCUUGCGAAAGUCCCGUCGAGAGCGGAGGCGCGUAAGUUUGUCGAGGAGGAGACGAGGGAGGAGGGGGCAGUCAAGGCGAAGGUUUACGCAGUGUACCUAAAGCACAGCGGCUCGUGGCCAUUCUGGCUCACGGUUGUUUUUCUCUUCGUUCUCGUGCAGGUUCUGACACUCGGGCGUUCUUGGUGGCUCCGAAUCUGGACGGGUUCGUACGAUGAACAACAUCGUUUGACUCCCCAACUGGAGAAGCUGGCGUAUGCACAACAGUUCACCUCACAGCAGUUCACCAUGCACCGCAUGCUUCAACCAUUGAUCAAGCCGGACCAGAACCUAGGCUUCUACCUCGGAAUCUACGUGUUGUUGUCAACCGUCACUUCAAUCAUCUCGACAUUCCGCUAUUUCUAUGUCUUUCGAGGCUCGAUACGUGCUUCCAGGGAGCUCUUCGCCAAGCUCAACUUCGUGGUGCUCCGAGCGCCGCUGCGGUGGUUGGAUAGGGUCCCCCUCGGUAGGAUCUUGAAUCGGUUCACUUCAGACUUUCACAUCGUCGAUACCCGCACCGCGUACUCGUUGACAUUCGCAGCAAGCGCCUUUAUGAACCUAGUCGGGGUCAUAGUCGCCGGCUUGUUCGUCUCGCCGGUAAUAAUCGUUUUGGCGGCGUUGCUUCUCAUCAUCUGCGCCUUCUACGCGUUUCGUUAUCUUCACGGCGCCCGGCCCGUGAAGCGACUCGAAUCGAUAACCAAGUCCCCCGUCUUUGAGCAGUUCGGCUCUGCCUUAACCGGCGUCCAGACGAUCCGAUCGUAUGAUAAGAGCCAGGCCUACAUCGAGCGCAUGUACACGAAGCUGGACGACUGGACCGUGGCAACCUGGCACUUGUGGCUUUUCGUUCGUUGGAUGGGAUGGCGAAUGGCGGUAGUGGGAAGCUUCUUCGCCUCGUUCGUCGCCAUCCUGAUCCUCAUAGCCCCAGAGAUCGACGCGGCCCUUGCUGGGUUCGGCCUGGCCUUUGCCCUCGAAUUUUCGGGUCACGUCAUGUGGACCAUUCGCCAUUACGCCGACGUGGAACUGGAAAUGAACUCGGCAGAGCGAAUUGUCGAGUACACGGAGCUGCCGACAGAGAGUCUUGGUGGUGAGAGCCCACCGGCAGCGUGGCCGGAGGAGGGGCGCAUUGAGGUAAAUGAUCUCGUUGCGAGUUACGCCGACGAUCUCCCGCCUGUUCUCAAAGGCCUCAACUUCACGGUCGAGCGCAACGAGCGCAUUGGCGUGGUGGGGCGCACAGGGGCGGGCAAGUCGUCCUUGACGCUCGCGCUAUUCCGCUUCCUCGAGGCGCGGUCCGGGAGCAUAUAUAUUGACAGAAGAGAUAUUUCCAAGAUUAGGCUGCACGACUUACGUAGCCGCUUAGCGAUCAUACCCCAAGACCCUGUCCUCUUCAGCGGUACGGUGCGCUCGAACCUCGACCCGUUCGACGACCGCACGGAUGCCGAACUCUUCGACUCGUUGGCACGAGUGCACCUGAUCCCCGAAGACAGGAACCAGGACGAUGAUAACAGCGGGACCGGGGUCCAGGGCGAUUCUUGGUCAGAAGGCACACACGCCCCGACGAUUGGAACGUCGACGCCGACCUCAAGCACCCACAAGAAAAACACGAACAUUUUCCGCAACCUGCUCUCGCCGAUCUCGGAGGGUGGCCUUAACCUGUCUCAGGGCCAGCGGCAGCUGCUGUGCCUGGCGCGGGCGAUCGUGUCGCGGCCGAAGGUCAUGGUUUUGGACGAGGCGACGAGCGCGGUCGACAUGGCGACAGACGCGCUGAUCCAGCGCAGCAUCCGCGAGGAGUUCCGCGACAGUACGCUCAUCGUGAUCGCGCACCGGCUGAGCACGAUCGCUGACUUUGACCGCAUCCUCGUUCUGAGCGACGGAACGGCCGCCGAGUACGACACGCCACGGAGACUGUGGGAGAAGGGCGCCGACGGUGAGGACGGCGUCGAGCGCGGGCUAUUCCGCUCCAUGUGUGAGCAGAGCGGCGAGAAGGAGCACUUGCGACGGAUUAUAUACGGGGAAGUUUGAUACGCGACCUCCUCUUAUUUAUUCAUCUUUCGGCGGCGCGGAGAAUAGGGUCACGGACUGUAUUAGAGGCCGGAAUUUAGGGAGGGUAUACACCCCAUGAGACGCCACAUAAUACCUAAUAAGGAGGAAAGAAGAGAGGGUUUGGGGGUUGGAGUCGGGGCGGGGAUGGGAUUAUUACCACAUAUAUAACAGUACGAUCUCUUUUACGAGCGAAGACCAAAGGGGAAGAAAAGCGGCCGAGUUAUUUCGGAAUGUGAAACAUGAAUUGUGCCGGAACUUGUCUAGUGAUCCCCGCCGUUGCCUCCUUCUCGGUAUUAGGAGCCUACGCCGAUGCGGACGUCGACUCCGUUCGAACCCGUCCGCCUUCCGCGUUUCCGAGACGCACAUCGCCUCCGUAUACGUACUUACUUCGGAUAUAUUAGACAUACCCGUCUACAGCAUGCCCGCUAUGCCUAUAUACCGAGCCGAGCCGUCCAGGAUCCAGCUUAACAUGCAUAGAUGUCAAACUUGAGUUAUGCUUUAGG